AUGGCGUCGAUAGAUGAUCCCGAGCUGCAGAAUGCGCUCCAGCAGCUGGAUCUCGAGUACGAAGAGGGCGAGAUCACGCAAAAGGGCUACGAGAAGAGACGCACCGCCAUCCUCUCCGGCUUCCUGACUUCCCAACAACUCCGGCAGUUGCGCGAGACGGGCAGCCCCGGCAGCUCGACAUUUCAUUCCCCCUCGGCGAGCAUUGGCAGUGGACACGCGAAGACGACGAGCUAUGGCAGCAUCACCGACGCACCGUAUACGGCGUAUAGUCCACAGGGAAAUGGAAACGCUGCCGCGGGGCUCUCGGUCCGCCCGCCCUCUCCAUCCUACCAGGUGCCGCCUCCGAGCCAGGUGCAGCGGUUUCAAGAGCAGCAGUUGGGAAUGAAGAUGCCGCCCGCCGGCCAGCGCCUGGCUUCCCUCAGCAGCACGGAGAAAGGAGGGAGCAGCUAUAGUUCGCCGGAGAGCACAAUGGUGGGCAGCGGGAGCUAUGCCUUUCGUCCGGACAUGCAGCAGCCCGGCUGGCCUUCGCCGGAUGAGAGCAGGCAGAGCACGAUGCUCGAUUCCGCGCAACAAGGCUACUUUUCCGACUUCACUGGCCAACAACAGGUCGACGAUGAUCGACCGCGCGAGAGCUAUGGCGGUCCGCAGCGAUACAGCCAGUCCGAAGCCCUCUCCCCCUCCGCCAUCGUACCGCCGCCAUUCGUCUCUCGAAACGACCUUCCCAUUCCACCCCAGCAUCAAUUACCCCUCGAGCCUCGCGAUGUACCCUUUGCCGUUUACGACCCCAACAACGUCAAUCUACCCAUGUCCUCCUUCGACAACAUCGCGGCCGUGAUGCGACAUCGGGGGAAGAUGCAGGCCAAACACGUGGCGUACUGGGUGGUGGAUCCGCGAGGGAAAGAGGUCAGCUCCAUCACAUGGGACAAGUUCGCUUCUCGCGCGGAGAAGGUGGCGCAACUCAUCCGCGACAAGAGCAAUCUGAACCGUGCAGACCGCGUGGCGCUCGUGUACAAGGAUUCAGAGGUUAUCGACUUUGCCAUUGCGCUGAUGGGAUGCUUCAUUGCUGGCGUGGUCGCCGUGCCGAUCAACAAUGUCGACGACUAUGCGAAACUCUCCCUCCUUUUGGCUACUACGCAGACGCACCUGGCCUUAACGACCGACAACAAUCUCCGGACCUUCCAACGGGACAUCGCCAACCAGAAACUCAAGUGGCCGGCUGGCGUCGAGUGGUGGAAGACCAACGAAUUCGGCUCGUACAGUUACAAGAAAAAGGACGAGGGCGCGGCAUUGCAUGUGCCAGACUUGGCCUAUAUUGAAUUCUCGCGAGCCCCGACCGGCGACCUGCGCGGCGUCGUACUCAGCCACCGCACCAUUAUGCAUCAAAUGGCGUGCGUGAGCGCCAUCAUCGCUACCAUCCCCGGCUCGGAGUCCAUGGACACGUUCUCGAGCACUCUGAGGAAUUCCGAUGGUAGUUUCAUCGCGCCUAGACCUGGCAGAGCCGAAACUAUUAUCUCCUACUUGGAUCCCCGAGAAGGCGUGGGCUUGAUUCUGGGUGUUCUCUUGGGUGUAUAUGGUGGCCACACGACCGUCUGGAUGGAGAGCAGGACCGUCGAUACUCCGGGCAUCUACGCGAAUCUCAUCACGAGAUAUCGGGCGACAAUCAUGGUUGCUGAUUACCCUGGACUGAAACGCGCUGCGUACAACUACCAACAAGACCCCAUGGCCACCCGCAACUUCAAGAAAGGAAUGGAGCCGAAUUUUUCCGCCGUCAAGCUUUGUCUUAUCGAUACUCUGACGGUCGAUACUGAAUUCCACGAAAUCCUGGCCGAUCGAUGGCUGAAGCCUAUGCGCAAUCCUCGAGCGAGACAGUUAGUUGCGCCCAUGUUGUGCCUGCCCGAGCACGGCGGCAUGAUUGUCAGUGUUCGAGAUUGGCUCGGCGGCGAGGAAAACAUGGGCUUCCCGCUGUCCAUCGACGACGACAAGGAUCACGAUAGCGACGACGAGGUAGUUACGCCGACCACGACGGGUGCGAACGGCUUCACAAGUCUACUAGAUGGCAGUCGUCGAGAUCAAAAGCACUUCAAGGGGAAGCGGUCGAAGAACGAACUCAGCGAGUUGCUCCUCGACAAAGAGAGCUUGAAGACGAACGAAGUGGUCGUGCUGGCGACUGGAGAUGAUGCCAUCAAACGAUCCAGUGAGCCUGGCACCGUACGAGUCGGCGCUUUUGGGUACCCGAUUCCAGAUGCUACCGUUGCGUUGGUCGAUCCGGAAACCAACCUGCUGUGCCCUCCGUAUACCAUUGGCGAAAUCUGGGUCGACUCCCCGAGUUUGUCGGGCGGCUUCUGGGCACUCCCCAAGCACACCGAGAACAUCUUCCAUGCUCGACCGUAUCGCUUCGUCAAAGACUCUCCUACUCCUGUGCUCGUCGAGCCGGAAUUCCUCCGGACCGGCCUGCUGGGAUGCAUCAUCGAAGGCAAGAUCUACGUCCUUGGGCUGUACGAGGACCGUAUUCGGCAACGAGUUGAAUGGGUGGAACACGGCCAGCACGAGAUCGAGCACCGCUACUUCUUCGUCCAACAUUUGGUUGUGACGGUCAUGAAGACGGUGCCGCGAAUCUACGACUGUUCCGCUUUCGACGUCCACGUGAACGGCGAAUACCUCCCCAUCUUCCUCAUCGAAACUCAAGCGGCAAGCACCGCCCCCACGACCACCGGCGGAGCUCCCAAUCAGUUGAAACCCGAUUUCCUCGAUGCGCUUAGUGAGCGAGUGAUGGAGGUGCUGUAUCAAGUGCACCACCUCCGCAUCUACUGCGUCAUGAUGACUGCGCCAAACACCCUGCCUCGUAUUGUCAAGAAUGGCCGACCGGAGAUUGGCAAUAUGCUUUGCAGGAAAGAGUUUGAGAAUGGCAACCUGCCCUGCGUGCACGUCAAGUUUGGCGUGGAGCGGGCGGUACAGAAUCUCCCGCUGGGAGACGACCCUGUGGGCGGCGUGUGGUCUCCGCAAGCGAGUCAAGUGCGAAUGAACAUGCUCGCCCUGCAUGCCGACAAGCAGUACUCUGGCGUGGACCAUCGGGAAGUCGUGAUUGACGAUCGAACGAGCACGCCGCUGAACCAGUUCAGCAAUAUCCACGAUCUCAUGCAAUGGCGCGUAUCCCGGCAGCCGGAAGAGCUCAGCUACUGCAGCAUCGACAGCAGAGGCAGGGAAGGCAAGGGCGUGAACUGGAAGAAGCUGGAUCUCCGCGUCGCCGCCGUGGCCACCUACCUCAAGAACAAGGCCAGAAUACAGCCUGGCGAUCAUGUGCUGCUCAUGUACACCCACUCCGAAGACUUUGUCUUUGCGGUCCACGCUUGCAUUUGCCUUGGCGCGGUGGCUAUCCCCAUGGCUCCCAUUGAUCAGAACCGAUUGAACGAGGAUGUGCCUGCUUUACUGCACGUCAUUAACGAUUAUCGCGUCCGAGCCUUGAUCGUCAACGGGGAUGUCGACUCUUUGCUGAGGCUGAAGCCGGUCAGCCAGCAUCUGAAGCAGUCGGCGUUGAUCUUGAAGAUCCAACUACCACCGGUGUACAACACGACCAAGCCUUCAAAGCAGUCUCAUGGUUGCAGGGAACUGGGCCUGACCAUUCGCCCAGCUUGGAUCCAGCCUGGACAUCCAGUGCUGGUAUGGAUUUACUGGACUCCCGAUCAAAGACGAAUCGCCGUGCAGCUCGGGCACAAUACCAUCAUGGCACUGUGCAAGAUCCAGAAGGAGACGUGUCAGAUGACAUCGACACGUCCACUGCUGGGUUGCGUACGAAGCACUAUUAGCCUUGGUUUCUUGCAUACCUGCUUGAUGGGCAUCUUCCUCGCCUGUCCGACGUACCUCGUCUCGCCCGUAGAUUUCGCCGGCAAUCCCAAUAUCUUGUUCCAGACGCUGUCGCGGUACAAGAUCAAAGACACCUACGCAACUGCUCAAAUGCUCGACCAUGCCAUUGGCAACAGCGGGGGAAGGGCGCCGAGCCUGCACGAAUUGAAGAAUUUGAUGAUCUCCACGGACCAACGGCCGCGCAUUGAUGUGUACCAACGAGUCAAGACGGCCUUUGCGCAAUCUAACCUCGAGCGAACGGCGAUCAACACCAUCUUCAGCCACGUGCUGAACCCCAUGGUCGCCAGUCGAAGCUACAUGUGCAUCGAACCUAUUGAGCUCUACCUCGACCCGCAAGCCCUGCGAAGAGGCCUCGUCGUUCCUGUGGAUCCAGAUCAAGAGCCCUUUGCCCUGCUCGUCCAGGACUCCGGCAUGGUGCCCGUCAGCACGCAAAUCUCCAUUGUCAACCCGGAGACCAACCGCCUAUGUCUCGUCGGCGAAUACGGCGAAAUCUGGGUGCAGUCGGAAGCGAACGCACACGGCUUCUACGGUAAGACGGAUCCGAUUGAUAACGAGCGGUUCAAUGGGCACACGAUCGACGGCGAUCCGCAGGUGCGGUACGUCCGCACGGGCGAUCUGGGCUUCUUGCAUACUGUCAAUCGGCCUAUUGGGCCGGGCGGGAAUAUGGUGGAGAUGCAGGUUCUGUUUGUGCUGGGGAGUAUUGGGGAGACGUUUGAGGUGAAUGGGUUGCAGCACUUCCCGAUGGAUAUCGAGUCGAGCGUGGAGAAGAGCCAUCGCGCUCUUGUCCGCGGAGGCUGCGCCAUCUUCCAAGCGGGAUCUCUUCUUGUCCUAGUAGCGGAAGUCCGCACGCGCGCCUACCUCGCCUCCCUCGUGCCCAUCAUCGUCAACACAGUUCUCAACGAGCACCAGCUCGUGCUCGACAUUGUGGCCUUCGUGGGACUCGGCGAGUUCCCCCGGUCGCGAUUAGGAGAGAAGCAGCGAGGAAAGAUUCUCGGAAACUGGGUGAGUGGGCGCAAGGGAUUCGCAAUGGCGCAGUUCAGCAUCCGCGACGCGGACUCCGAAGGCAGCGUGGGGACCGUGGUGCCCGACGAAAGCGGUUUGGGACGCAGAGGGAGCGGCAACAGCGCUAGGGCAGGCGGCGGAGGCGGGAGUCUGCGACAAGGUGGUGGGAGUUCGCUGCGGCACAUGGAGAGUCUGACGUCGAUGCCGGUUUAUGAGGAUCUGGAAGGCGAAGCGGGCGGCUUGGAUCAUCAGGCACAAUUCCCCGCUGGAGGCUCCGCCGUCGACUUCUCGCGAAACGACCUGACGCCUACGAACGAGGGAGCGCGCACCCCGCCCUUGAAUACCACGCUCGACUAUUCGCCUAUCCGACAGCACAUGUUCGACGGCCCCGAUGAAAUCGAAUUCCCGCAGCACCCGCGGUACAUGGAGUACCAGUACCAAAACGAGCAGAUGAGGGAGCCCGAGUCGCCCGCCGACUCGGAUUACGGACAGUAUGCCGAUGGACGCCGGGAGUCGCAGAUCAGCGUGCCGUACAUGGAAGACAAUCCCAUGUGGCAGCAGGGCGGCGGGUUGCGAGUGGCGAAUCGGGGGGAGGAGAGCGAUGAUUGGGAGCGGGAUGCGCUGCGCUCGAUGGACGAGAUUCGGCGGUAA